GAGGAUGAAGCCGAAGAAGAGUAAAGCCGGGCCGGGCCGGGCCGCGGCCGUCCGUCGUCGAAAGGCUCUCAGCGAUGUUUCCCCUUCUACCAGUUUACCACCUCUUGUGGAAGGGCAACUCCGCUGCUUCCUCAAACUGACCAUUAGCAAAAUUGUAUGGAUGGUCGCCAAACCGCCAGCAUCGUCCCUUGUCCGGCUAAGAUGGUGGGGAGAAACUAGCAACGGCACCAUCUUCGUUCCCCAGGAUGCUUCCCAGCCAGAGCAGAAAAUUCUGAACACCACCACCUGCUACCCGGUGCGAUGUGGGCCCAAACAAUUCGCCUCCUACCUGUCAGACAUGGGGGCCCUUAUCCUGGAAGUGAUGACCAAGUCCGACCAUCUUCCCGUUGGACGGGUUGAAAUCAAGGGGCUGGCCCUGCUCUCUCCGAGCCACCCCAUCCGUGGGGAUUUCCCCAUCCUUUCGCCGACCUCUGAAAAGAUGGGAGAACUGCAGGUAUCCCUGUUCCUGGAACCUCUCGCCGAUGAGUACGAAUGCAACCACACCGUCCACAACACAAACGUGAACAAAGAGGCUGCAGAUCUGAGCCCGUCCCUCACUCCGUUCCAGCUCCACAGACCAUCUGGCACCCACGUCCACGGAAGGGAGUCCCUGGGCAGCAGCAGAGCGGGUACUCCAAGGGGGAAAGAUCACCUGUAUUUCCAGGAGAACUCGGAGAAUAUCCAAAGAAGUAUUGGUGGGUCUCACCCACACCUGAAUUACAUCCUGAGCGCCAAGGAUCCCAAGCCACCAAAAAUGUUUCCCAACAACUCUGAUCCAGAGGCACAAAUCAAGCCAGGCAAGGAAAGCACAAGGCCUGUCCGUGUCCUUCCUUGCAACAGCCCAGCUACGAAAGAUCUCCUCGCAGACCUUUUGGAUCGAGGGAACCGGCUGCGCAACGCCAUGGCUGUGUCCGUCAUGACAUCUAAUCCGGAUCCCGUCAUCGAACGCUAUGAGGCUCAACUUCCUGCAAAGCCGGGCCUCUACCGCCAAUCUGGAAAAACUCUGAAGAACUCUGGCCUUACGUGUGAAGAUUCUUUUCAGCCAUGGUCUGAAUGUUCAGAAUUCGAUUUGGACGCUGAAAAGAAAGCGGUCGAGCUUCUGCUGGGCGGUUCUGAUUUAUCCCCGGAUCAUCUCUUGGAUGGGGCCGGCUCCCCUCCCGGAUCUCUUUCCCCUUUGAGUCACUUGUGUGACAGUGAAUUGAAUGACCCACAUUACGACCAGAGUCUCUUGGAAAAUUUGUUCUACACGGCUCAGAAAAGUCUUACUUUGGACACAUUGGGCCGUUCCCCUGCUAAACCCCUUCCUGGUGAGGCCUUCCCAGGGACCCCCGACGAAACCCGAGCUGUCCAUUUGAGCCUCGACAGGCUGGCCACGCUGGGCCGGAUCCGCUUAGCCAGAGUGGUGAUUGAGACCCUAAGAGGGGUCCCCCGCGAGGACAGCGCUCAGAGUACCCCCAAUCAAAAGAGCCCCCGUGGGAAACCCCCCAGGCCAGCUUUGGCUAAGAAGAGGACCUUCUUUGUCGAGUAUCGCUUUCCAGUAAGAACUUCAAAGAACGGGGUAGGCCAGACGGCCGUGACUACGGAAAUGGUUCGCGUAGCUUCGAGUAGAUACUCAGCAGACGGGGUGAAGUUUGAGCAAUGCUACGUAUUCCCUGUCCGCUUCAGUGGCUCCAUGAUCACCCAUUGGUGGACGUCGUCCCUCGAGUUUAACGUGUUUUUGAAAAAAGGCACCCAAAGGAAGCCAGCGCUGGUCGGCGCAGCGGCCUUUCCCCUGCGCGACGUCCUUCGGUCUGAGGAUUUAUUCGUCAGCCGUGAAUUGCCGGUGAAAGAAGAUGGUGUCCCAGGCCCAUUAGGGCCUUUACAGGUAUCCGUGGAGCUUGCAGCUGCUAGCAAAGACGUCUCCAACCUCAAAGCGAGCAGCGUGUCCCCGAGAGCCGCCGUCGGCUCCGUCAGGGACCAGGGCACCAUUUUUCAGGACGCCGACAGGAGCCCCUGUUCCACCAGAAGCCCUCAAAGCCCCUGCAAAGCCCCAGUGAGAAGCGAAGCUCCUUUGCCUUCCGCUUUUCAGACGUCCCCCAAGGAUGGGGCUCGGCCGCUGGUCCCCCGGCCCGUCUCCCGCAACCUCCUGACCCAGAUGAGCGCCUCCUCGGAAGAGGAAGCUAUGCUGCUCCACGUCCUUCUGAUGGUCUCGGAAGGGCAGGUCGCUCUUCCUCCCAACGGCGGGCCGGACAGCUCUUGCAACCUGUAUUUAAUCUGCAAGCUCUUCAGCACCGAAGAAGCCACGAGGUCCCCCAUCGCCUGGGGGACCUCGCGACCCGCCUUCCAUUUUUCCCAGAUCACCCCGGUUGCGUUGACGUCGAAACAUUUGGAGCGGCUGAAGAACAACGUCAUGGUGAUCGAGGUGUGGAAUAAGGUGCUCAGCCCCGGAGGGGACCGACUGCUGGGACUGGCCAAGCUCCCCCUCCAUCAGUUCUACAUUUCGUUCAAAGACCCCAAGGUUUCCAGCCUGCUUCUCCAGGCUCAGUAUCCAGUGCUGGCGGUGGACGGCCCCAUGCCGGUGGUUGACGUCUUCUCCGGCCAAAAGAAUGGCAGCCUGAAGACCAUCUUAGCCAUGGGAUCGGCUGACCAGGUGUUGGCGCUGCAGAGGCUCAAGAAGGAUGAAGGGCCGGCAUCUCCCGCUGUGCUGCGCCCACUGCACGCCCUGGAUCCUCUCCCUGCACCCUCCCCUGAGCGGUCAAGCAGGGAGAAGGCAGGCCUGGUGGAACAUACCUUUGAGGUCCACAUUGAAGGGGUCCAAGGCCUAACGCCCCUCCAGACCACCGUCUGGGGAGAAGCGGACUGUUACAUCCAGUACCACUUCCCAGUUCAGAAGUCAGAAUCCGAGACGCUCCGCCGUGCAGAGCUAAGCGAGAAGGACCUUGAGUUGAAGGCUUUCCGCACCUCCACCGCUUUGUGCGUCCCCGAUCCCACCUUCCGCGAUGAGCACCACCACUCUCUGCUGGUCCCGGCUGACGUCCCGGUUCAGCGGCUGCUGCUCGGGGCUUUCUCUGCCCAGAGCGUAGCGGGAGAAGGAGGAGGGAUUCAUUUCGAAAUCUGGUGCAGGUACUACUACCCGAAUGUCCGAGAUCAGAUGGUUGCCAGGGCGAGCUUGCCCCUCUCGCGCCUCUGCGCCAUGGUCACCAUGCAGCACCGUCAGGAAGUGGGGAUCCAGACUUUUCACCUGCCUAUCAUGCCAAGAAUCAGCAGCUCAGGAGAGCUCCAUCCUCAGUCCUCAGGUCUGUUCCAAGUGAGCGUGAAAUACCGACGCAGCUUGAAAACCGCUGUGAACAUCCUAGAAGCUCAGACCGUUCCCAUCUCCGUCCAAAUCCACGCAGCGUGUGGCUUGCAAGCGGCAGCCAGGGCCCUAGCCGAGAAGCAUCCUCCGCUCCAAUACAGUGCCGAAAUCGGCCUCAACACCUACGUGUCGAUACGCCUCCCCUUCUCUCCUGGGGCCGAGCAGCGCAGGACACGGACCGUGGCUCGCUCCUUCUGCCCCGCCUUCGAGCAUCACGUGGAGGUGGCCUGCCGUCUGGUGGUUCAGAGGAGCAGCGGGGAAGCCUGCUGCCUUGGGGAACUCUUGCAGCAGUCGGAGGUCGUCUUCCACCUCUACCACCAGCCCCUGAACUCAGCUCCAAGGGAAACUUUCAAAGAUUGCGUGCUGGGAACCGUCCGAGUUCCUACCAGAGAUCUGCUGAUUCGGAGAUCAGGGAGUACUCGUCUUGCAGAGCAGGGAGUAACGUCACCCUGUAGCUACUACGUGUCUUUCGUGGCCACUGAUGUCGAUAACCCCAUCACCACCUCAACAGUAGAAAACACAGAUUCCCCUGUUUGGGACUUUCAGCAGCAGACAAGACUCUCCAAUGAACUCCUGCUGGAUUCCCAGAAAACUCUGGUCUUCAAAAUAUGGCAUAAAGCAGACGUCGAACGGGUGAUAGGAUUCGCCUCCGUGGACCUCUCCCCGCUGCUGUCCGGCUUCCAGUACAUCUGCGGCUGGUACAACAUCACCGACCUUAGUGGGCAGUGCCGAGGGCAGGUCAAAGUUGCCGUCUCCCCGCUCGAAAGCGUCACUCACCUGAGAGAAGAAAGGCAGGCAAGAAGAAGCCGCCAGGCGAAGGACCCGUAUCCUUCAUUCCCAUCCUUCUCCACGAGAGCCACCCCCAGAUUUUCAGGUUCUCCGUGGAAGAAUCUGGAAGCUUCCAGUCAUGCGAGAAAAAACCUGGACGAGCUGGACGAGAUCCAGAGGUAUUUCAGCGGAAAACUCACCAAACCUCUGACAGACUUGAAUGCUCCUUGCAACACUGCAGAGGGUCUUGACAUCCAGACACCUUUCUCCAGGACGGUAAAUCUAGAAGAGGACCACCUGCAGAAGAAACCCAUUCAUCAAGUUUCUCAAGUUGGCAGCCAGAGUGUCGAUCGACGGACGACAAGCCACCCUGAAGAGACCUCACGAGGCCAUGGAGACGGUCACAGAUUCUCCAGCGCGGACCGGGCCCUCCGCGGGCAGGAAAAUGGCGCCACCAGAGCCCAGGUGCUCCAAGCCCCCUCAAGCAAUGAAUUCUGGGACGCCGGGGUAGGUGAAGAACCCGUAGCUGAUUUCAGGAAGUCCCCUUCUGCCGAAGACACGCGGGAUGGAUUCUUUGACCCCGCGGACUCCCCCAAGGCCCCUCCCUCGGGAUUCCUACCUGGGAUCCGGAGGGAGGAAGACUCCGCUCAGUCCCUCAGCGAGGAAGAGUACGAGGAGGCCAUCGUGGAACCGAGAACGCUGAACGAAAUCACCGCCGUGACGGACAAAACCAGUCCCUGGUCCAGCUUCCUAUCUGAAGGCGAGCCGGAGCCAGUCCACCAGGCCCAAACGGCGAAGGGCAGGGACUGUUCACCGACGGAGAGGACCCUCGGAAGGAGCUCCGUGUCCGACGUGAUCCAAGAGGGUCCUUCGAGCGCGUCCAGCCUCGCUGGAUCCAGAAACAGCCCUUUCAGAGAAGAAGACGGGGACAACGACGCUGAGGGAGAAGAGCCACAACUUGAAGCUGAGGAAGUAGAACCACAACUUGGAGCUGAGGAGGAAGACCCAUCAACCGCGGGGCAGGUGGAAAUCCAAAAGGUUGGCCGAGAAAGAUCAACGGAGGUCAAGGAAGGAGGACCUCCCGAGGCCUCCUCCACGCGCAACGGUGGAGGAGACUUUGCGAGAGCACGGAGGAUUGCUCCAGGAGCGACAGAAGGAAGAGGAAACCGGCCCAGAGACCCCCAGCAGGAAGAAGGAACGAAUGGGAAAGGAGAAGAGGACCUCCAACUCUGCCCCCCCUUGCAGGAGACCGAGGCCUCCUCUGAGGAAGAGGACGAAGACCCGCCGGAAGAGUUCAACGCGCCCGUCGUCCCACUAUCCGAGCCGAUUAUGGUGCCCAAUUUCUUCCUUCCUCCACAACAUCUGGAAGUGUCCAUGAGGCUUCUCAGCGCUUCCUCCUCUCCCCUGGCAGCUGCUCAUAAA